CCGCCGCCCGGCCAGUAAUGCGCCUCGUCGACGCUCCCGGAUCUCCUCUCGGCCUCCACGCGACGUGACCGCCGCGCGCGCACGCCGAGCUCGGCCCGCCAUUGAUAAAUCGAGAGACUGUCGGCGGCCAAGCGGCUCGCUCGGCUGUUAUGCCGGUUCAUCGCGACGCCGUGACGCGCGCGAAGAAGCAACAAUUGGCGACCUCGAUGGCACCGGGCGAUUGCACGCCGCUGCGAGAAGCGGCGCGUUGGCCCCGCGCCGCGAAAAGAAGCGCGCCCGCCGAGUGACUCGCCGACACGACACCGGUCGCCUCGUGGACGGGGAUCGUCCCCCUCGUGGUCGAGCAACGGUGCGCAUUAUGGGAUAGACGGUCCAGGGGCUCCUCCGUCUCGAGAAGGUUGAACCGGCGGCGAACGGAUCGGCGCGCGAGAUCGAGCUCGCUACCGCACGUGGUGCCGAGCGACGAGCCGACUGGACUGACUCUACCGGAUCGUCUUCGACUGGUGCGCGCGCGACUUAGAUGAUUUCAUCUCACCGCGUCCCGAGUGACAACGAGAGGGAAGGAGCGCGAGUUCGGUAGCGAGAUAUAAAGAGUAAGGACGGACGAAUGACACUGAUAACCCUGGACUACGUGCAUGUGCAGUGAUCACACGAAAUCGGCACUCAUGUACGUUGAUUACGGCGGCGACGCUUAUGCCGGAAUGGGAAUCAAGGCCAUGAAGUCCUUUGGCAGGUCCAGAGAUAUACCGGCGCAAGUGCCGCCGUUAACACCUGGGACCAACAAGAAGAUGACCGAGGCUCUGGAGGCCUCCUUCGCAUCUUGGGAAAAGGAGCGAGUCCGCCUGAAUAUAACUAAAGACCCGAGGCAAUGGACGGAAACAGCUGUCGCCCACUGGUUGCACUGGGCUACGGAGGAAUUCUCGCUGGUGGGUGUAACGAUGCCGUGGCAGCACAUGACUGGAAAGCAGAUUUGUGCCAUGGGGAAGGAAUCCUUUCUAGCACAUGCCCCCGCCUUCAUGGGCGACAUCCUGUGGGAGCAUCUCGAGAUCCUGCAGAAAGAUUUCGACGCAGCGAAGACCUGUCUGGAGAACGUGCCGGCGCACUUGUAUGAAAGCGUAUGCGUGCCAGAUUUAGGCGAUUUUUUGGGAUACCAGGGUGGCGGCCAUCAGGUGGCAACACCAGAACAUAAAAACCCGCCGACGCCCGCCAAUUCGGCCACCUCCAACUCCUCCGGUCCUCCUCAGAGCGGUACGCAACAACAACCCCCGAUACAACCCUCUUCGGGCGCGGUGUCUCUGCCAUCGAGACAGUAUCAUAACGAUGGCGGCUACAAUCACCUCCGCAGUCCCGUGUGCCAAGACGAGAGUCAAAGAGACGAAACGUCGCCACCACCCCACAGCCAUAGCACCCAACCACCGACCUCUCACUCUAGUACCCCUAACAGUAAUAACAACAAUAACAACAAUAAUAAUGCCAACAACGCGUACAUUCAUCUACGGAAUAUAAAUCAGCUCAAAACGGAAUCGAACUACAGCAAUCAUCACAUAGCUGAGCAUCUUCAGGGCGGUGGGGGUGGCCUGGGCAGCGGGGGUGAACUCCCGGGUGCAGCGAACAACGAGAGCGACUUGAGAGUCAACGCGACCGCCACGGAGAGUUACAUGACGCCGGCGCAUUAUUCGGGAUACGACGAGGCGUCCGAGUACCACGGCUUGUCGCAAGACCACCAGGCGCCGCAUCCGUACAACUUGGACAGCUCGUCGGACUUCUACGGCGCCAGCGGGAUCCACAUCGAGCCCAAGUAUCAGCCGUCACCCUUCAAGAACUAUCCACGAGGACGCUAUCACGAGGGUUACAGCGAGAGCGGCGGAUACGGGCAGUACGAUGCAACGUCGUUCAACGUCCAAACGGUUCCCGGAAGCGGGAGCGGUGCUGGAGGCGGCGGCGUCGGCAGUGACCAAUGGGGUGUCGGGCUUGGGGAUCAUCUGCCUCAUCAUCCCGCGUUUCUUGCGGGUCUCGGACCACGAGACUCCUCGAAUCCUCAUCAUCCCACAUCUAUCGCCAAUAAUGCGGACCAAAAGCCAUUGCUGCAGAGCUCAAUGCUCACCGGUUAUCCAGGUGGCGGUCCACCGUGCUUCACCGGAUCAGGUCCCAUUCAACUGUGGCAAUUUCUGCUGGAGCUAUUAACUGACAAAGCGUGUCAGGGUUUUAUCUCGUGGACCGGCGACGGCUGGGAAUUCAAACUGACCGAUCCGGACGAGGUUGCACGCCGUUGGGGUAUUCGCAAGAAUAAACCCAAAAUGAAUUACGAAAAGCUGAGCCGAGGCUUACGCUACUAUUAUGACAAGAACAUCAUACACAAAACUGCUGGCAAGCGAUAUGUAUAUCGCUUUGUAUGCGACUUACAAACUCUACUAGGGUACAGUCCUGAUGAGAUACACGCAAUGGUAGACUUGAAGCCCGAGAAGAAGGAAGAAGACUGAGUUUUUUUGUUAUUGAACAUGUGCUUUAGGACUGUAUCACACAGGUGAAAUGUAAUAAUACAAAUUCCUUGCACCGAGCAUGCAAGAAUGGAGAAAAAUGGAAGGACAAAGUACCCAUACGAUGAAAUCGCUAUGAAAUAACUAUAUUCAGAUGCAGAAGACUGUGAUAGUCCGUCUUCUUUAUUCAGAUAUAAACAAAAAUCGAAUCGGUCGUAUGUACCAAAGACAGGGUCUGCAUACCAUUGGUGCCUAAAGUUGAAUAAAUCGCGAAUUUGUUUCUAAGUGAUUGAUUUAUCACAGCAGAUUUUAGAAGAUAUUUAUAGGAAUAACUCGUCAAUUUAUACAUAUAUAUAUAUAAAUAUAUUUUUAAUGUUACAUGAUUUUUCAACGCUAUAAAUACUAGCGUCAAGAUACUUGGUGAUGCCGCUAAAUUAUUUAUGUCUCAUCAUUUUAAUAUGCGUGUUAUAUCUCGUUGAUAGAUGACUUGAUAUGUGAUUGUUAUUACAAUAAUUUUACAGUAAAACUCAUUACACAAUAUGCUAUAUAGCGAGCUUCUCAAUUCGAUACGUUCAUGCUUUUUUUCUAUAUGUAUAGAUUUUAAUUUAGAAAUUAAAUUUAAACUAUAUACUCUCUUCUUCCAAGCUCGCUUCUCUAAAAAAGAAACACAUAUUUUAUAUUAUUUCUUUAUUAUUGAAUAUAUCUAGUAUGUGCUCGCGAUAUAUUAAAUAUAUUUAAUAUGUCCAAUCGUAAUAAGAACUCUCUGUUAUUGAUGUAAUCCAAGGAAAAAAGCGCAAUUGAAAAAAGUGUCGCUGAUGAAAAGAGUAUGCUGUUAAUUAAUAUAAUUUUUCAUAAAAAUAGUGUUUAUUGAUAAACUUUUUUUCACUAAGUUAUUCUUAUUAAGAGAUUGUACAUUCACAUAUUUGAACACAACGCAAGUAAUUUAUCUGAUGAGGAAAAGGAAAGUGGUACGUGCAACCAGUGUUCCAUAAUAACACUGGCCUACAACAAAAAUGCCUCGAAAAUAAAAUCAGUCAAUUAUUACUAAUUUCGGGUCGCUGAAUCCGAUAUGUUAGUGAAAAUUACUUAUUAGUUCGAAGCUGAUUCGAUAUAAAGGAUUGAAAUCCCCCCAAAAAACCGCUUUUUUAGUUUACUAACUUUACAAUUACUGUACUUUAUCAAAAAAAUUUUAUAUUCUUGUAAAUAAUUUGUAUUAUAUUUGCAGAGGUUUUGUGUUAACUUGUCUGUCAAAAGUUAAAUUAUCUCAUAUUAUAUGCACAAUAUUAAAUGCACAUGUUUGCAAACUAUUUGCACAUAAUAGUUGGUAUUUUUUUUUGAUCAAGUAGAAAAUACCUAGCAUCCUUUUGAGACGUUUUUCAACUAUUUAUCAUGUUUCAUUGUAAAGUAACGGUCGACAAAGAAAGCGGUUUUUGGAGACUCCAACUGUAUCAUUAGAACUUAAUAAAAGAUAUUCCAGUUCAUUGACCCCAAAUUAAUAGAGAUAGACUGAUUUCGUUUCCGAGGGAUAAAAUGAGUUCGAUUUUGUGGGCCAGUGAAAUUAAUAUAUACAGAAAAUUAAAUCUAUUUAUAUUUUCUUUUAAAAUUUUCCUACAUAUUACUAAAAGGAUGUAUUGUAGCGAAUUCUGUACAAUAAAUUACGGUUGACAUGACUAAAGUAUAUGUAUAGUUCUUAUUUUAAGAUACGUCCAACAAUGUGGUAAUUUAUUUGACUUAAAUUGAUUUCUUUCUUUAUUCAUGGAACACUGGGUAAUGCAAUUUCAUCAUUAUCAAAUUCACAGCGAUGUAUAUGUAUAAUGAUAUAUAUAUUGCUAAAAUUAUAUAUAUAUGUAACUAUUUUACCUAAUUUGCGUAAAUGAUUAACGGUUUUUAUCAAUGGAAAUGUUAUAUUUAUAAAUGACGCGCAGACAUUAAUAGCACAAAAAAUUGACGAAUUGAAAUACGAGCAAUACAUUUCAUAUUUGCCAUGUGUCUUAUACCUAAUAUGUAUACAUAUAUAUACAUAUAUACACAUAUAUAAAAUUGGGAAAUGUACAUACAAUUUGAAGUAGGAACCGCUGUCCGGUCCUACGACUGUUUAUAUUAGCGACUUUUCCAAAAUUAUCUAAGUAAUCGCGUUAAAUAUAAAUCAAACUUAUGUUAAAAAAUGUUUAAAAUAAUUUAUUACUUAAAAAGCAACUGUAUUGGUACAGACAUGGAAAAAUGUCAGCAAUUGGUACCUAAUUCAUUCAAUUGUACAUUAUAAAUUGGUUUUAUUUGACAACCGUAUUUUGCUGGCACCCAAUUCCGUCGUGAAACGGGUCUCACCUGUAUUUGCUAUUAUAUGUAUGUAUACAUAGAUACAUGUACAACUAUUUUUAUAUCCGCUGUGUUUGUUAAGUUUCCGUGUACCAAAAUAAUUUAACCUACAAGAUAAUAAGAAAAACGCACCGUAGUGUCUUCUGUUUAGGCAUAAUUAACAGUAUACUAAUUUCAAAGAUCGUUCGCGAGUUUAUUAGUUAAUGCGGAUUGUUAUAAGGAAAGAUACGAAAUCGGUAGUGACUUUGUCGAGGUCUCCCGUUGAAGCUACCGGGGGACACCCUUCUAGCGCGAAUAAUCAUUACGAUUAAAGUUUCUCCUAGUUGUGUCGUCUCGCCCGAAUGUUAAAUAAAUUAUAUUAAAUACUCUUAGAGAGCACCCCCGAACGCGCGGGGCGGAGAAACCGUGUAAAGCUACUCGAAUGUUAAUAUUAAGUUAUCGCGGUCUUGGCACUUGUUAUUAAAGAGGAAAAAAAAGAGAGAAUGAGAGAGCCAUACUUCUUUUCCAGGAUUAUACAUAGCAUUUUGAAAGAGAUACGAAUGCAGGAACUUUUUAGUAGAUGCAAUAAGAAAAAAAAAGAAUAAAGAGAUUUUUAUAAAU